AUGAAGCACGCUUUUCCCCCAACUCAGGACACUAACAGCAUUCUCAAGGCGUCGGAACUGGAAUCGAACUUAGAAAGGGCAGCAGAAAACGAGAAAGAAACAGACAUCAAUACUGUGUAUGGCUCAAAUCCACGAAGCAGAGACGGCAGCACACACCAAGAGCUGCUCCAGAAGCUCUACAGCUCCUCCCACUACCACUUCAAGAACAGUCAUCCUCAGCGUAUCGACGGCACAUGUGAAUGGUUCACUAGCCACCCUCGGUUCCAUCUUUGGAGAGACAGCGAACAUUCCAGCCUUCUCUGGGUCACCGGAGAACCAGGCUGCGGAAAGUCGGUCCUUUCAAGAUACCUAGCCGAUGAGGUGCUGCGAAAUCUCUCUUUGUGCUACUUUUUCUUCAAGGCGGACACUGAGGGACAAAAUACGGCAGAGGAUGCUCUUUGUUGUAUCUUGCGACAGCUAUUGGAACAAAGACCACAGCUUCUGUCAGACCGUAUCUUUCAGCUUCUUGAAGACGAUGGAGAUAGGGUACGGGGCUCUAUCCGAACAUUGUGGCGCAUCUUGAUCUUGGCCGCGUCGAAAAACACGGCCAGUCAAAUUGUGUGCAUUUUAGAUGGCCUCGACGAAUGCCAAGAGGGAAGUAGAAGACUACUUGUGGAAACCGUCAACGGCUUCUUCGUCGAAGCCCGUACGACACCGAGGUUAAAAUUUUUGAUAACGAGCCGAACACUUUCACAUUCCGAGCGACGAUUGUACAAACCGACAUCAACUAUCCAUCUAGGACGGGAUCCUCAGUCAGACUUUGGGAGACUUGGGGCCGAGAUCGACUUGGCAAUUUCCCACCAACUGGCAGGUUCAAGGGCAAAACUGAACUUGACAGAGUCGGGGCAGAGGAAGUUGGCUACAGAGAUUAAACAGGUCCCCGAACGCACUCAUCUCUGGGUCUUUCUCCUCUCCGAAUACCUCGCCAACUCCCCCAGUCAGGUCAAGGAAUCUUGCGUAAACCUCCCCACAACCGUUGAUGAAGUCUACGAGAACAUUCUCUCCGCAAGCUCAAGGCCGACGAAAACGAGAAAAUUACUACAAAUCAUCAUGGCGGGAGUGCGACCUCUGACUCUAACUGAGAUGGCGGUGGCCCUGGCAGUCGAAGAGGGCCACACAUCACAGAGUGAGCUGGAUAUUGAACCCGAUCAUCACUUCCGUCAAACACUGAAACGGCUUUGCGGUCCUCUGGUUUCUGUCAUCGACGGCAGGAUAUACCUGUUUCACCCGACUUUGAAAACAUUUCUGAUCCAAGAAGAUGCCACAGGCUCCUCUUCUGAGACUUCGCUUUGCAGUCAAGCGACUGAUGGUCACAGGUGGUCGUCCUCAAUCUCCCUGAAAAGCUCGAACAACAUGUUGGGCCGCAUUUGUGCUCGGUAUCUCCUCUUCACCGACGUUGAGGAUUACUUUCAGAACCCCCUUGGAAACAUCGAAAAGCUGCGCACCAAGCCACUGGAAGGCCUCUCUGAGAACUACCCUUUCCUUGGCUAUGCGUGGGAGAACUGGGCGGUCCACUCGAGAAUACCAUUGGGCGACGAUGGAGAUGCUGAUUCUCAGAUACAAGAAAUGCUGCAGCUUUGCUCACCGCGCAGAUUGUCAACUCUGAUUUGGUUGAGGCGGAAGUGGUGUCAUCCAAAGCUGGAUUCGGAGGACGUGACGAGACUCAUCGUAGCAUCUUACCUGGGACUUUCCUCGGUAACUCAACAUCUACUGCGAUUGGAUACGACGGAGCCCAACGUGAGAGAUGGCAUCUUUGGCCGGUCUGCCUUGUCUUGGGCGGCAGGAGGUGGCUUUGAAGCUGUCAUUGAAGCCUUUAUCGACACACAAAGAGCCGCCAAGAGGAGAAGUUGGCUGAAGCGUCUCUUGGGUACCGGCGUCAUCCAAGUGGAUUCGAAGAGCAAGCCGCCUCGCACUCUGAGUGUCAGUCACCGACCAUGCACUCCACUAGGAUGGGCUGUGCGGUUCGGACAUGAGACCGUCGUUAAUCAGCUCAUUGCGACCAACCAAGUCACAAUCAAUGAGAAGAUGCUCUUUGAUGCGGCAAGGGGAGGAUACUUGGGUAUCAUGGAAGCUUUGCUUGGGACAGGUCAGGUAAGAGUCGACGCAAGAGACCUUUUCAAGCGAACACUCUUAUCCCACGCAUCAGAGUACGGCCACACGGGAGUAACCAAGUAUCUGCUCUCACUCGGAGGCUUUGACAUCGACGCGAGAGAUGUGGCGGGGCGGACAGCAGUAACAUACGCUGCGCGAGCUGGUGAAGAUGAAGUCUUGGAGCAGUUACUGGCCACGGGCAAGGUUGACGUGGACUGCGAAGAUCAAGUCAAUCGUACACCAUUGUGUUACGCGGCAGAGCAAGGCCAGGAUAUUUGUGUGGGAUUACUACUGUCGACAGGUAAAACUGACGUCAAUGGGCGAGACGAGAGAGGUGAGACUCCAUUAUCUCUCGCGGUCGGUCAAGGAAAGGAGGAAUGUGUCAAGUUGCUGCUUGCUACAGGAAAUGCAAACCUUGAUACAGAGGAUUACAUGGGAAGAACACCACUUGAUAUUGCCCUCAUACGUGGCUUUGAGGGAUGUGCUGCAUUGUUGGAACAGCAGAGAGGGGCCGCAAGGUGA